GAGAGAGAUUGUGAGAGGGAGGGCACAGAGCGAGGGUGAGAGGGUGAGAGCAAGAGAGAGAUUGCUCGCUCACGUCUUUGUUAUCUCAGCCAAAGCAGCAGCAGCAGCGUUCAUCUCGCUCUCUCCGUCACCGCGCAGCGCAAGUUUAGCAGCCGCAAUCGGGACUAACCCCAAGCCACCACCACCUCCUCCACCACCACCUCCUCCUCCACCACCUCCUCCUCCACCUCCACCUCGCCGCCUCCCCCGGGGUCGCCGCAACGCCGGGAGCCCCGCGUCUCCGUACCGCCACCAUGAUGAAGUUCCGGUUCCGUCGGCAGAGCCACGAUGCUCAGCGCGACCGAGCGCGCAGUGAGCUCAUCGCCUUCAAGAAGACGAUGCAGCACGGCUUCCCGAGCCAGCCCAGCGCCCUGGCCUACGACCCGUGCCUGCGCCUCAUGGCCAUCGGCACCAAGACGGGCGCCCUCAAGCUGUGCGGAGCUCCUGGCGUGGUGCUCAGCGGGAAGCACCAGACGGCCACCGCCGUCACACAGCUCCACUUCGUGCCGGGGCAGGGCCUCCUCGUGUCGCUGCUCGACGACAACUCGCUGCACCUGUGGGAGCUGGUGGAGCGCGGGGACUGCACGGCGCUGCAGGAGAGGGGGGACUUCACGCUGAGCACACGCCCGGGGGCGUUUCCGAGCGGCGUGCGUGUGACGGUCGCAUGCGUGCUGGCGGGCGGCGCCCGCCUGUGCGCGGGCACGGAGAGCGGCGCGGUGCUGAUGCUGCGCCUGCCCCAGCUCGCCCCGCUGGAGGAGGGGGACGUGGAGGGGGCUACCAUCUCGACCGAGGCGGCGCUGCAUGCAGUGGGCGUGGAGCAGCGGCCGUGCCAGCCCCUGGGCCCCGUGGAGGCCCUGCAGCAGCACCCCGCACGGCCCCACCUGCUGCUCGUCGGCUACGGCCGUGGGGCCCUCCUUGUGUGGGACCUCCGGCGCCACGCCGCCCAGCGACACCACCUGGGGGCGCCUCUGGAGAGCGCCACGUGGCAGGGCACCGGCGAUGGCAUCGUGAGCUCGCACAGCGAUGGCAGCCACAGCGUGUGGAGCCCCGGGGAGGAGCAGCCACAGACGAGCGUCACGUACGGCCCCUUCCCCUGCAAGGCCAUCACCAAGGUCCUGUGGGAGGACUCCAGCAACGGAGAGUCCCUGCUGGUGUUUGGCGGGGGGAUGCCGCGCGCCAGCUUUGGGGACCGGCACUGCGUGACGGUGCGCCGCGGCGGGGGGCGCCACGCCGCCUUCGACUUCACGUCGCGAGUCGUCGACUUCUUCACGGUGCACGGCGACGCUGCGGCUGGCGGUGCCGUCGGUGGCGGUGACGCCACGGCCCUGGUGGUCCUGGUGGAGGAGGAGCUGGUGGUCCUGGACCUGGCGACGGACGGCUGGCCCACCGUGCCGCCCCCGUACCUCUCCCCGCUGCACUCGUCGGCGAUCACGUGCUCGUGCCACGUGGCCGCGGUGCCGCUGCGCCUCUGGGAGCGAGUGCGCGCCACGGGGCGUGCGCAGCGCACGCUCGCGCCCAGCGCCAGUUGGCCGAUCCUGGGAGGGAGGAACCUUCUCCCAGAGCCGAGCGAAAGGAAUCUGUUGCUCACAGGGCACGAGGACGGCACGGUGCGCUUCUGGGACGCGUCGGGCGCUGGGCUCACUCCGCUCUACAUCCUGAGCACCGCGCCACUCUUCCAGACGGACGGCGAGCACAGCGAGGGCCUGGGCCCCGCCAGCGACGACGAGUGGCCUCCCUUCGUCAAGGUGGGCUGCUUCGACCCCUACAGCGACGACCCUCGCCUGGGGAUCCAGAAGAUCUCGCUGUGCAAGUUCAGCGGGCGGCUCCUGGUGGCGGGGACGGCCGGCCAGGUGCUCAUCAUGGAGCUGGGGGACGAGGCGGCCGUGCAGGAGAUCGCCGUGGUGACGGUGGACCUGCUCAAGGAGCGCGAGGGCUUCGCCUGGAAGGGCCACGAGCGCCUCGUGGUGCGGCCCGGGCCCCGGGCGCUGCCGGCCGGCUACCGGCCCGGACUCCUGCUGCAGGUGCUGCCACCGGCAGCUGUGACGGCGCUGGUCCUGCACGCCGAGUGGCGCCUCCUGGCCUUUGGCACGAGCCACGGAUUCGGCCUCUUCGACUACCAGAAGGCCCACGUGGUGUUCGCGCGCUGCACGCUGCACCCCAGCGAGACGCUCGCCCUAGAGGGACCGCUGUCGCGUGUGAAGUCUCUGAAGAAGUCGCUGCGCCAGUCCUUCCGACGCAUCCGCAAGAGCCGCGUCUCCGGAAAGAAGCGUGCGGAUCCCGGCAGCCCGGCCACCAAGGUGCAGGAGGCGAACGCUCGCCUGGCGGAGCAGCAGCAGCAGGAGGAGGCGGCGGCGCGUGACGCUGACGUGGCUCCGGUGCAGCGCCGCGUGGAGCCGCGCUCGCUCGACGACUCCCUCUCUGGCCUCGUGCGCUGCCUCUACUUCGCCGACACCUUCCUGCGCGACGGUGUACGGCACGGCCCCACGCUCUGGGUGGGCACCAACGCGGGCACGGUGUUUGCGUACUCGCUGGACGUGCCCAGCCCUGACCGGCGCUCCGAGCUCGCCAUCCAAGCGCUGCUGGCAAAGGAGAUCCAGCUGAUGCACCGCGCGCCCGUCGUGUCGGUGUGGGCGCUGGACGGGCGUGGGCGUCCGCUGCCCGAGCCGCUGGAGGCGUCGCACGACCUGGCGCGCGCCGCCGAGAUGCAGGGCGGCCACUCCCUGCUCAUCGCCUCCGAGGAGCAGUUCAAGGUGUUCUCGCUGCCCAAGGUGACGGCCAAGACCAAGUUCAAGCUGACGGCGCACGAGGGGGCGCGCGUGCGCAAGGUGGCGCUGUGCGACGCGUGGGGGCCGCCCGGUCCCCAGGGCCCGCACGGCGCGGCGUCGGGAGAGGCCGCCGGAGCGGCCGGAGGGGGGGCGGCGGGGGGUCAGCGGGACGAGUGGCACGGCCGCAGCCUGCUGCUGUGCCUCACCAACCUGGGCGACGUGCACACCGUCUCCGUGCCGGGGCUGCGGCCGCUGUCGCGCCACGCCUGCGUCCGCAAGGAGGACAUCUCCGCCGUCUCCUCGUGCCUCUUCACCGCCACGGCUCAGGGCCUCUACCUUCAGUCGCCCUCGGAGUUCCAGUGCUUCUCUGUGCUCGCCUCGCGCUCUGUCGAGCCGCGCUGCCGGGUGGAGGUGGCGCCGUACGAGAAAGACUUCUCCCCCCGUCCACAAGCACCCGGGGUGGUGGAUGACAGCCCCGUGACCGUCCCCACGAUGGCCAACGGGCAGAGGAAGGAGAGGGAGCGGGCGGACUCGCUGACCGAGGCUCAAGGCGUCCUGGAGGAGAUCCAACAGACGCUGGCCGAGAGUUUCCUGGAGACGUCGCUGGGCUCCAUGGAGCUGACAGCCGACAUCACCAUGGAGGAGGUCAAGGACUACCUGGCGACGGCGGACGAGGCGGAGAGGAACCUGCGGAGGAUCGCCGAGGAGGACGCCGCUGCCUCUGCCACGGCCGUCCGUGGCGCCUGUUGAGCGCUCACGACGGGAGCCGCCCGCCUGGGCCACCCGCCCCACGGUUCCUCCCUCCCGCUCCGACUUCCUUGAAGACGUCGACGUCCAACCCCAACGCGGUUACUGGUAUUGAGCCCCGGGCCUCAAUGUGAAAAAGACGCGACAGAUUUGGAAGAGGGUUUCCAAGCUGGACAGGACACUUAGCUGCGUCGGCUCACAAAAGGGGAAACUGUGCAUACGUACGUUGAACUUCUUUCACACCCUACAUAGCCAACCGUUCUCAUCGGAGGUGCGGAGUGGGCACAAACUAAAAGCAAAAAGCCGUUGGCACGGAAUGAGCGCGUGCACAAACAUCGCGUUCAUACCGAAGCAAAACGAAGCAGGGAUUCACUUCCCUGUCGGUAGAACUGCACGUUGGUUUGUCAUGGUGGACCGAAUUUUAUGGCAAACUUUGAUUGGGAAUUUACAAACCCUAGUUGUUUACGAUCUCUACGAUCCAUUCGCGUGAUGUUUACCAGUACACAAGUCCACGAUUGCCUCACGUGCAUGCACAGAUGGGGAGGAGGCUGGUAACCAUAGACACGUGAACAGUGCAGAGUGGUGGUGGUGAGGGGAGGGGAUUGGCUGUUUGGGUUUCAUCAUCUAUUCUCUGCAGGCCUCACGAGGCAGAUUCAAUCUGGAUUCAUGUAUCCAUUGGUGAGGCCCAUAUGCUUUGCUGCUCCUGGCUUGCGUUUCACAUGGGGGAGGAUUGGCCGACUUGGAAAUGUGAACUGGAUUUGAUGUCUUGGGAACUUGUUCCACAACCACUAGUAUCUUGACAAGGCAAUUCGACUUUGUUCAAGACUCUGGAAUUGAGGAUAAAAAUUGAGAUUUAGAAAAUGGGCCACCUUAAUUUGCGCCAUCGAAUCUAAUGCUGGACAUGUACGCGUGUUAUAACGUAAUCUUUCUGCUAAGUACUAUGCAAUACGAUAAUAAUGUGAAGCGUUUAUAAAAGGAGCAACGAUGAAUCCAUAGCCGGGGCAAAACGUGUGCCGGCUUUUACCCUGGCUUAUUUUAACAGCUGUGACUUAUUUCCUGCCAAGUCCACGUUUCAGGGGUUUUAAAGGUGUGCAACGCUCCGUUUGCUCGGAUGGUCGAGAGCCAUUUCUGAGUACGGCGCGCGGCUCUCUCCGUAGCGCGGUGACCUGUUGCCAGCACGGCCGAGGGGUCGUGUUUUUGACACUCGACGUUUGGGGCCGGAGCGUCCGGAACGUCCUCCGGUGAUCGCGUCGCUCGGCACGCACGCGAUGGCCACCGAGCCCCUGGAAGUGCCUCGGUCCACGCCGACUUGCGUCCGUCUCCGUCGGCCCCGGAGUGUGACCGCGUUUAAAGGGGUGGGGUGGGGGGUGGGCAUACAAUCACUCAGGGGGGACACGACGCGGUCGAUGUUCCGACAAACUUUGAACGCCAAACGGAGUGAAGGAAUGCGAUCCGUGUCUCUCGCGCGGUGUCCGCUCCAGCAGCCCGUGUGUGGGGAUCGCCGCUGUAUGGUUCCUAUAUAUUUUUUAUUGACUUCAAGAAUUUAGGAGCGGGGGUGGGGUUCGGCCCCCCCUCUGGCCCCUCCCCACCACCGAUGCUACGGGGCUGGGAAUCGCUCGUUGCAGCGCGCUGGCCGCCGUGCCGAGUUUUGCCGUCAUGUCCGUCAUGUCCGCGCGCACAGCUCAGAUUGAGAUGCCAUCGUCCUGUUGCUGCGCACGUUACCAUCCCGGCAACGCAAUUGCACUGCCGUCCGCCGCACGUACGACUCGUUCCAAUGCACACGGCCUUCUCGAGCGCUGUGCCCGCAGGCGAGGGGGGUUUUGGCGAGAGACACUGCAGACGGGCGAGAGACGGUGAGGGAGAGCGGCCUCUCGAGACCGGCGAUCUGCGCUGCACGUCACGGAAGUCUCCUUUCUCGUUUCUGGUGUUUACUCCAGAAACAGAAAUUUGCUUCCGCAAAAAGAAUGUUUAAAAAGCUGCAGUCCAGACGUCCCCAAGCAGCAGCAGCAGCAGGACUUGUACAAAGCAAUCGUGAAGAUUCGGUGUGGCUUUCUUAAGACGUCAAGGGGUAACGUUUCCGUGUCCUCUAAAAGUAGUGAAGUGGACGAUUCAUGAGAAGCAGCACCGGCGUCGGUUGUUUUGGCGAUUCCCUCUCGGCACGUGGGCGUCCUCACGCCGGCGAUGUCGUGGUGCGAGGUUGGCACGCGGCUCGUCGCGGCGGAGCUGUUCUCGGGAUCAUUCGCCUCUCGCGACGCUCGGUACUAGCGGCCUCCAGCAGGGCAGCGUGGCCGAAACAGGAAUUGAACCUUAAUACUCCAUGCAAUGUAGAGUGUACCGACUGUUAAGCUACCCAGCCACUCAGUUAUAUCAUUGGACGACCGUAUUUUGCAGGUUGUAUACUUGCUCCCUCUCUCCUUGACUGUAAAGCAAAGGUGGGGCGGGGGGGGUACGUUUCAUACUCCAGUGUGCACGCAACCAGAUUCGUGUAACUUUAUUUGCACCGGGCACAAGUUUAUUACUUUCCAGUGUCCAUUCAUCCGGAGAAUACGGUAAAGCAUUAAUUUUUUUAAAAAGUUAAAGUCCAGCGAUUUAAGUAUUAAAUCGUCACAAAAACAGCUUCUUUCAGGUGGGGUUUACACCUCAUUUACCCCAUGCAGCGUUGUGGAGGGUCUGCGAGCGUUGACGCUGUGGCGUUCUCCAUGCGGCGUGUUCCAUGGAGACCACAGCGCGGUGAGUGGCUCCAGGCGGCGCAUUUCACCGCGAGCGUUGUGCGGCAAGUGCGGUGUGCAACCUCCACCGCCGCCGCGUGCCAUCGCCGGCGUGGGGAACAGCCGGGGUCCAACGGAUUUCUUACCGAUUCGUGGCCAAAGUCUUUUAAUUGUAAAAAAUGUAUUACGACGCAGAAAUGUAAAAUUCGCCUUUUAAUAUUGGAAAAAUAUACUCUUCGCGAUGCGUUUCACACUGCCCGUAUGUAAAUGGUCGUGCUUAGCGUGAAAAGCAUUUAUUUCCCCUUGGUGCAAAAAAAAGGUGGCGGUGCAAACAUGUUAAUGGAUUUGUGUGAUCGGUUGGGGUGGCACAAUGGUGAACGUGGAAGUGUGGGGUGGGUGGAUCCAGCAGGGACGAAUCCUGAAUUGUCUGCUCCAACGAGAAGGCCAUGCUCAGCUUGCCAAGAGCACCUGCUGGAAAAACGUGGUUUCUGUAGGGGAGCAGUAGAGCAAGUAGGUUGGCUGGAUCUAUUCGGUGUUCUCCUAAACACACACGAGGUUCUCACGUUACGUACUAGUUUUCCCCGCGUAAAGCGCCACGAAAAAAACUCUUAAGAAUUGGGCACAAAACAUCCCACAUACUUUUAAAACUAUUUAAGACAAUAAAUGGGAGUUUCAUGGGUACAUAUUUUAAAUUAUUAUCGCUAUUAAACAAGUAGUGUUUCACUCUCUCAUACGGCGCGUGGGGGAGUUAGUGUCACAGAGAGCUGGGUAGAAAGUUUUGGAUUUAGUUUGUAGCAGCUGCCCCGCCCCACCUCGUGAAGGUUUUUAACGUCCUUGGAGAAGUUUGCGGUUAACGCCUCUUCAUUUUGUUUACAGUCCGAGGCCAGCUGCCCGGCAAGGCUUUUGUGGUUUUGUUGUAAAUUGCGGCCGUGUUGUUUCCCCGCUCCAUGUUGUAACGCUUAUCGCCGGAGCCCCCAGCGCCACGAACAAAGCACCCGGGGGCAAACUGUUUACAGCCAAGAUUAUUUUUGUAGCUGAAUUUAGGUCUUAUCUUUUUUUAUUAUCUUCUGUAAUUUUCAAGACAUUUAAUAAACUUCAGAUAAAGAUAAAA